ACUACUAUGGAGUGGCUUUGGAUCGCCGUGGCAACAUGUGUGCUCACGUCCUGCUCUGUCAAAGGCGACGACUGGUGGUUGGAGUAUGAAGAGGGGAUACGACACUACAGCAAGGAGGCCCUCAAUAAGGAGUUUCCAGAGAAAACUCGACCAGUUAACUUCAAACACCCCUUGUUCCAGUGUCCAGACAUGAGCCCCUCUCCCUCUGUCCCCUCCUCAGUUGAAUUUGUGAAGGCGGCUGAUAUCAAAGUCAUCGCUGCCUUGGGGGAUUCUCUAACAACGGCCAUAGGUGCCAACGCCACCACUGUCCUUGGGAUUCCUAUUGAGUUUCGUUAUGUUUCAUGGAGCAUCGGGGGCUACGGAUCAUUUCAAGAUGUCAUUACUUUGGCAACUCCCGGCAAGACGGUCCACGGGAUGCAGGCUCACAUCAGUGAAACAGGCUUCAACCUGGCUGUGACUGGACACAACACCUUCAAUCUUCCCGGGCAGACGAGACAUUUGAUUGACACACUGAGACGUUAUGAGGGUCUGAACUUCGAGGAGGACUGGAAGCUUUUGACUAUUCUCAUGGGCAUGAAUGACAUCUGUGAUUACUGCAAAGAUAAGGCUCUCUUUUCAGUGGAUAACUUCAUUCACUAUAUGACCGUCUCCUUGGAAAUGCUUAUGAAUGAGGUUCCUCGUAUGAUCGUUAAUGUUGUUCAGAUCCUGCCCAUGCAUACUCUGAGGGAGGUGCAGAAGCCCACACCAGGGUGCCUGCUCCAGCGGUCUUUCUGCUCGUGCCUGAUUGAGCCAUUACCCAGGUCUCCUGAGCUGCGGGAGCUUGUGGAAGUCAAUCUGGAGUUCCAGAAAAGACUUGAGGAGCUGCUGUACAGUGAUCAUUUCUUCAGGGAUGACUUUGCUGUUGUGCUUCAGCCCUUUCUGAAACAAGCUGACCCUCCCCGCCUCCCGAAUGGGAAGAUCGAUAUGACCUUCUUCACUCACGACUGCUUCCACUUCACCAUAAAGGGGCACGAGGAGCUGGCCAAGGGACUGUGGAACAACAUGUUUCAACCUGAAGGCGGAAAGAUGAUCGUAAGCAGUUUCUCCAACCCCAUCAGUCUGAUCUGUCCACCGAUGGAACACCCAUAUAUCUUCACCCGGCCGAUCGCAGCCAAGUCGGGCCAGUCUGAACUUCAGUGUGAAGCUCCGUCACAGGCGGCCAUCUUCCUGCUGCUCUCGCUCCUUGUGGGUCUUGGAUUUAUGUAGCUUUCACUUUGCAGAACUAUUUUACAAGGACUGUAUUAGUUAUUGUUGAGGCAGGUGAUACAGAGAGUUUGUGAGCCACUCUUUGCAACUUUCCAUUUCGACGGUGCCAAAUAGCAGCAACGAGAAAAUAACUGCAGACAGACAGUGAACUGCAGAAUCCUGCCACCUAAAUAUAUUCAUUUUUUUAAAGACAGCUGGAAAUAGAGGAGAAUAAUUCUGGCUGUUUUUAGCGAGCAGCUUUCUCUGCAACGAUUGCUGCUCAUUUUCUGAACGUUUUAUAUAUAUAUUUUUUCUUUUUGAGUUUCAAUUCAUCAUUUCUGCACCAAGAAGAUUUAACACUUCUGAUUACACUGUCACUGAGGGGAUGGGAUGUCUCUCACAGUUAUGAUCCAGGCUAGGUGUAUUUUUAAUGAAGAGUCUUGCCUUGUGCAGCUUUAAUAAUACUGUAUUAUUUAAUCUGAAUUGCAGAUAUUGUA